ACCAGGCCCAAUCGCCUCCAAUCACAUUCCAAGCCCAUACGACCUAUUACGCUCCGGAUAUUUUUCGUCACCUCUCUCGGCUCUCCAUCAGAUACUGAGCCGAGCUUCUCCAGCGAAGGAAAGGGUUUAUCUAAAACCCUCCUGUGUUCCUCUCACCCGCAGCCCACCGAGAAUAGGUUCUUCCUUUAAUCCUUCAAUUUUCUUCUUUCUUUAUUUGAUUUCUCUUCUUUCAUACGUACAGGUCAGUAGCGUUCGUCACUUCAUGCUCUACUGAUUUCCCUCUGUUUAAAUUUUUUCCCCCUUCUCUGUGAUGGAUCCAAAAUUACUCCUUUGUUCUUCCCAGAGAGCAUCUUCCCCUUUCCCUCUCUUGCUCUCUCACUCAUAUUCUCCUUCCUCUAUCUUAUCCACAAGAACAACCCAUUUCUCUUUUCCGUCAAGAGAGAAAACCCCAUUUCUUGGCAAAAACCUAUAUUUCAAUCAAAACACGCUACAAUUAGUUAGCCCUAAGAAAACCCAGUUGCCCUUUAGGCCUAUAACUGCCGUUGUUAAGAGAAGGAAGGAGAUCCCCUUCGAUAAUGUAAUUCAACGUGACAAGAAGCUGAAACUUGUUCUCAAGAUUAGAAACAUUCUUGUGAACCAACCUGAUAGAAUUAUGAAUCUUAGAGAUUUGGGUAGGUUUCGCCGAGACCUUGGGCUCACCCGAAAACGCCGGUUUAUUGCACUGCUGAAGAGAUUCCCGGCUGUUUUUGAUAUUGUGGAGGAGGGGGUUUAUUCUCUGAAAUUUAGAUUGACCCCCGAAGCUGAAAGGGUUUAUCUGGAGGAACUGAGGGUUAGGAAUGAGAUGGAGCAGAUGCUUGUUGUGAAACUGAGGAAACUGCUUAUGAUGUCAUUGGAGAAGAGGAUCCUUUUGGAGAAAAUUGCCCAUUUGAAGGCUGAUCUUGGGCUUCCGACUGAGUUCAGGUCGACGAUUUGUGAAAGGUACCCACAAUAUUUCAAGGUGGUGUCUACUGAUCGAGGGCCUGCAUUGGAGUUGACUCAUUGGGAUCCUGAGCUGGCCAUCUCGGCAGCUGAGGUUGCCCAAGAAGAGAAGAGGGUUAGAGAAGCGGAAGAGAGGAAUUUGAUUAUUGAUAGGCCACCUAAGUUUAAAAGGGUGAAGCUUCCUAAAGGUUUGAAUCUUUCCAAGGGGGAGAUGAGAAGGAUUAAUAUGUUUAACGAAAUGCCAUUUAUAUCUCCUUACUCUGAUUUCUCAGAGUUGAAGCCGGGCACUCCACAGAAGGAAAAGCAUGCUUGUGCUGUCGUUCAUGAGAUGUUGAGCCUCACUUUAGAGAAGAGGACAUUGGUCGAUCACCUCACUCAUUUUAGGGAGGAGUUUCGGUUUUCACAGCAGUUGAGAGGGAUGUUGAUUAGGCAUCCUGAUAUGUUCUAUGUAUCAUUGAAGGGGGAUAGGGACUCAGUUUUCCUUCGUGAAGCUUAUCGUGAUUCCCAAUUGCUUGAGAAAGAUAAGUUGUUGAUACUUAAGGAGAAGAUGCGGGCGCUUGUUGCAGUUCCAAGAUUCCCAAGGAGGUUUCCACAAAAAACCAAUGACGGCGAAGAUGAUGGGGAAUUAGAGGAAGGGAGUGGAGAGGAGGAUAGUGAGAAUUGGUCUGAUCUUGAUAGUUUCUUGUCAGAUGCUGAUGAAGAUGGUGAUGGUAAAUAUGAUGGUGAAAAUGAUUGGAGCGAUGAAGGGGAUGAUGUACCUCCAGAGUUUGAUGAUGCCGACAGCUUAGCUUUGGAAGGAAGAAAACAGCUAACUCGAAAUGCCUCGGAAAAUGAAGAGGGCAAAGUUCUUUCUCCUGUAUUCCCAGAUGGAAGACCAAGAGAACGGUGGUAGUAUUAUCUAUAGGAUGCCACAAGGUCCCAUCAUGUUAGUUUCUCUUAAUACAUAUGCUGUCAAGCUAAGUAAGUUCUUUGAGAUUAAAUUUUUACAAUGAUAAGUACUGUUGAUAUAUUGCAUGUAUGAAUAAUUGAGCAACAGAAAUUGAUUCUA